AGACAAUACCGCGCCCCCGAGCCGGGCAGCCCGGAGCGCCUCUGCCCCGCUCCGCUCCCACCAUGAUGUCCAUGAACAGCAAGCAGGCGUUCAGCAUGCACCCCAUCCUGCACGAGCCCAAGUUCCCUCACCUGCACACCAGCUCCGAGGCCAUCCGCAGGGCCUGCCUGCCCGCCCCACAGAUCCAGGGUAACAUUUUUGCGGGCUUUGACGAGACCUUGCUGCGGGGCGCCGAGGCUCUGGCCGCCGUGGAUAUCGUGUCGCAGAAAACCCACCCCUUCAAGCCAGAUGCCACUUACCACACCAUGAGCAGCGUGUCCUGCACUCCUACCUCUUCCUCCGUCCACCUGCACCACCCGUCCGUGCUGACCACCCACCAUCCCCACCACCACCAGCCCUCCCAGGGCCUGGAUGGAGAGCUCUUGGACCACCUCAACACUGCCCUCCCGCUUGGAGGGGUGCCGGGCCUGGACGUGGGCUCCACUCCUUCGCACCCACAUUCCCACAUGUCGGCCAUCAACCACAUGGCCCAUCACUCCCAGCCCAUGAACGUGUCCCACCCCCACGGCCUGGCUUCCCACACUGUCAUCUCCAGCCCUGAGACGGAGACGGACCCCCGGGAGCUGGAGUCCUUUGCUGAGCGGUUCAAGCAGCGGAGGAUCAAGCUGGGGGUGACCCAGGCAGAUGUGGGCUCCGCGCUGGCCAACCUGAAGAUCCCGGGGGUGGGCUGCCUUAGCCAAAGCACAAUCUGCAGGUUCGAGUCUCUCACCUUGUCCCACAACAACAUGGUGGCCCUCAAGCCCAUCCUGGAAGCGUGGCUGGAGGAGGCUGAGCGGGCGCAGAGGGAGAAAAUGACCAAACCUGAGAUCUACACGGCGGGGGACAAGAAGCGCAAGCGCACGUCCAUCGCUGCCCCCGAGAAGCGCUCGCUGGAGGCUUAUUUCGCCGUGCAGCCACGGCCCUCCUCGGAGAAAAUCGCUGCCAUUGCCGAGAAGUUAGACUUGAAGAAGAACGUGGUGCGGGUCUGGUUUUGCAAUCAGAGACAGAAGCAGAAAAGGAUGAAAUUUUCUGCUACCUACUGAAGAAGGGGCUGGGAGGGUGGUGGUGGUGGUGGUGGGGAGGGCC